UUGCAAAUCACCAUCAUCAUCAUCAUCAUAACAGCUCUUUACAAUUACUACAAAAAACACUUCAUCAGUAACUGCCCCCAAAAUUAUAGUAAUAAUUUUCAAAACAAUAAUUGUUCAAUAUGCAUGAAAACUAUUACUGUAAAUUAUUAUACUACCAUUGAGAGAGACGGACGCGCGCAAGCACGCAUUAACUGCAGGUACGCAUGCACACAUGUACGCACGCUCGCGUGCACACACACAUACACACACACACAUACACACACACACACACACACACACACACACACACACACACAUUUCCUAAGGGUAGGAAAGGUAAUAAGAUAA